AUGCAAGCGAACCCAGAUUAGCAUAUCUUUAUGGCUAGAGUUGCUGAAUAAGCUCAAGAUUAUGAAGAGAUGACUGACUAACUUCUCUAGUUAUUGGCAAAAAGAGGGCUAGAAAUAACUUCAGAUGAGAGAAAUCUUCUGUCAAUCGCAUUUAAGAACUAGAUUGCCUAAAUUUAUGUAACUCUACAAAAUGUUCACGCUUUGAUGGAAAGCAAGGAUGAGACAAUCGCAAGUCAAAAUAAGCAAGACAAUAGUAAAACUUAAAAAAUUUAAGAGAAACUUAAAGAACCAUAUAUUGUAUAUGGGAAAGUGCAAGAUGCAGGAAAAUCUCCUUUAAAAAGGUAUGAGAUGAUUCUUCAAGACAAGAUAUACGACAAAUGCAUGAGAGUAAUUAGUUAGAUUAAUGAGCAUGUACUUGAAAAGAAAUUAGAUUUCAACGAUGAUUUAAACGAAAAGACCAGAAGUGGGAUAUAGCAGCCGUAAGUAAGCAGAAAAACUGAGAACCUAGCUUUCUUCAAAAAAUUGGUGGGAGACUACUAUACCUACAUUGCUUAAAAUGUAGAUGAUGAGAGAUUUCCGGAGGCCUUCUAAAAUGCGUUGAAUUAAUAUGAUAAAAUUACAGAGUUAAAUUUGCCCUUUUGUCAUCCCAUUACUUAAGGUAUUGCCCUUAAUAGAGCCUUACUAACUUAUAAGCUCGCUUGUAAUUUCAAAUUUAAGGAUGAAAGCUAUUAUUAACUCAGUGACGAGAUUAAAAUGUUCCCAUAAAGCAGCAACAUCAAAGAUAAAUCACCAGUUCAUGAAUUAAGAUAGAGCAUUCUUAAUAGAGCUAAAGAUGAGGCAAACAAGAGUGCAGAAUGCUUAAUGGAUAAAAAUUACUUUAACUUAUCUGAAGAUGAUCAAACAGAUUUAAAGAUCAUUACUGACACUCUAAAAGAGAAUGUAUUAGUCUGGUAAACAAUUUCAUUCCCAGACGAAUAUUUACCUCUAGAUCCUAAAGAAAACGAUUCCGCUUGA